CCGGAACGGUCCUCCGGCGGCCGGCUUCGCGCAGCGGUCGCCGGCUGCUGACGUGCGCCGGCCGGGUCCCGGGCUGUAGGUGCGGGUCGUCAUGGCGGUGGACAUCACGCUGCUGUUCCGGGCCAGCGUCAAGACCGUGAAGACUCGGAACAAAGCGCUGGGAGUGGCGGUGGGCGGCGGCGGCGUUGAUGGCAGCCGCGAAGAGUUGUUCCGCCGGAGCCCCCGGCCCAAGGGCGACUUCUCCAGCCGGGCUCGAGAAGUGAUUUCCCACAUCGGGAAACUGAGGGAUUUUCUUCUGGAACACAGGAAAGAUUAUAUUAAUGCUUAUAGCCACGUCAUGUCUGAGCACGGGAGGAUGACAGACACGGAGCGGGACCAGAUCGACCAGGACGCGCAGACCUUCAUGCGGACCUGCUCGGAGGCCAUCCAGCAGCUGAGGACUCAAGCCCUCAAGGAGCUCCAGUCCCAGCAGGUGAAGGAGCACCGAGGCGCCGUGGUGGACUUCGUCGAGGACUACUUGAAAAGAGUGUGCAAACUGUACUCAGAACAAAGAGCCAUCCGGGUGAAGCGAGUGGUGGAUAAGAAAAGACUAUCCAAGCUGGAACCGGAAGCAAAUCCAAAGACCAGAGAAGCCACGUCCUCUGAGAAAGUCUCACAAGAUCCUUCACAAGAGCCAGAAGGAAAACCCGCCCCCGAGGAACAGCCAGAAAAGGCUCCAGCUGAAGCGCAGCCCGAGUUGGGAACCUGGGGAGACGGCAAAGGUGAAGAUGAAUUAUCCCCAGAAGAAAUACAAAUGUUUGAACAGGAAAACCAGCGCCUCGUCGGCGAGAUGAACAGCCUGUGCGACGAAGUGAGGCAAAUUGAAGGGAAAAUGGUUGAGAUUUCCAGACUCCAAGAGAUAUUUACAGAAAAGGUGUUACAACAGGAAGCCGAGAUCGACAGCAUCCACCAGCUGGUUGUGGGAGCGACGGAGAACAUCAAGGAGGGCAACGAGGACAUCCGAGAGGCCAUCAAAAACAACGCGGGCUUCCGAGUGUGGGUGCUCUUCUUCCUGGUCAUGUGCUCCUUCUCCCUGCUCUUCCUCGACUGGUACGACGGCUAGGCGCCCGCAGACGGUGCGGGCGAGUCUCCGCCUCGGCGACGGCAUGCGGUCGUGACCAGCUUCCGCCAGAGCCGUGUGCGGGGCGGGGGCUGAGACAGACAGACAGACACAGUCCGCAGGAGGGACACCCGAGCCCAUCAUCAGCUGAAGCAGAAAAGUGAACCCAGGCUGGAAGCGGUCAGUGCAGCGGCGAUCACGGGGCAAGGUGGACGGGCAGGAGGGGCUGUCCCCGCGUCUGACCGGAGGCCGCUGUGCCCGAGGGGCCCGGGGACGGCCCAGCAGGUCCCCUGCUCCACCAACCAUCCUCUCGGGGGCACUGAGGAGGGGUGCCCCCCGACUUCCUGCCUCUGGGCCGAGGAGCGUUUGUUCGGAGAAGGGGCCCCCGAACUAGCCCGUGCCCCUGACCCUCAGGGACACGUGUGGGGAACGCCCAGUGGUGGUGGGCACACGGGGCGGCCAGAGCCGCAUCGUGCAGAGCGCGCUGGUGGCCACUGGGCCACCUCGGCGUGGGCGUGGCCGGCCCUGCGCUGCCCCUCGGGCAGCCUCGGGGACCCUCGUGUUCUCCGUGUGCCCCCAGAGAGUGUCCGGAGUCCCGUGUGAGCGCCCUGACCGUCAAUAAAGGACCUUUCUGCUAA